AUGGCUCCUACUGUUGAUAAAGAGAAUCUUCAUAGCGGAAUCAACGGUGAAAACCGUGUGCAAACGAAGUCGCCCAUGAAAAAUAGUGUAUUGGCUACGAAAAAUGACAAUUUGACUGAGGAAAUGGACCUCGAUAAAAAUUUCGAAGAGUUCGACCCACAAAAGGAACCUCUGCUGCGGGAGAACCCGCGGCGCUUUGUCAUCUUCCCUAUUCAAUACCCCGAUAUAUGGCAAAUGUACAAGAAAGCUGAAGCUUCGUUUUGGACCGUCGAGGAAGUCGAUUUGUCCAAGGAUUUAUCAGACUGGGAAACCUUAAAAGAUAGUGAGAGACAUUUCAUCAAGCAUGUCCUUGCUUUCUUUGCGGCUUCAGAUGGCAUUGUAAAUGAAAACUUGGUUGAGAGAUUUUCACAAGAAGUUCAAGUCACUGAGGCAAGAUGUUUCUAUGGCUUCCAGAUAGCCAUGGAAAAUGUUCAUUCUGAAAUGUAUUCCCUGCUUAUAGAUACCUACAUCAGAGAUCCGAAGGAGAGAGAUUUUCUGUUUAAUGCGGUUGAGACUCUUCCCUGUGUAAAGAAGAAAGCAGAUUGGGCUCUACAGUGGAUUGCAAGCAAGACUGCAACAUUUGGUGAAAGGAUUGUUGCCUUUGCAGCUGUAGAAGGAAUCUUUUUCUCAGGCAGUUUUGCUUCCAUCUUCUGGCUCAAAAAGCGGGGCCUUAUGCCGGGACUUACAUUCAGUAAUGAACUUAUUUCCAGGGAUGAGGGUCUGCAUACAGAUUUUGCUUGUCUGAUGUUCCAACACUUAGUUCAAAAGCCAACUAAGGAAUGUGUCCUGCAUAUUAUAAAAGAUGCAGUAGUCAUUGAACAAGAGUUUCUCACAGAUGCGCUCCCUGUAAGACUGCUCGGUAUGAACUGCGAACUAAUGUCUCAGUACAUAGAGUUUGUUGCAGAUAGAUUACUUGUUGAUCUAAUUGGAGAAAAGCAUUACAACACAAAGAACCCCUUCGACUUCAUGAAUCUAAUAUCGCUGGAAGGUAAGACAAACUUUUUUGAGAAGAAAGUUGGAGAAUACCAAAAAUGCGGUGUGAUGGCCAAUCGCCUUGACAAUGUGUUCACACUAGAUGCAGACUUCUAG